AUGGAAGAUACCGAAGAGCCUCUCGAGGGUGAGGUGUGCGACAUACUCAACACCGCCACGUUGGGCUUUGACCUUCUGGAUAUGCGAACAGGGGGAAUAAUCACCAAAGAGCUCGGCGACCUAAAGAGUCUACUCUGUGCUCUAAGUACCACACUCGAUGGCGUUGCCACGCAAAAGGCAUCUGCCUGGCUCAAACAAUGGACCCAAAACUCCCUUAGUCAGGGUCAUAGCCCGCCAAAUAUUAUUGGCGACGAACCGUUGUCCGAGGCCGAAAGAAAAAUCUACGAAGAUGCUCUGCCCCCGUGCACAUGUCACCACGGCCCAGACCGGAUGCUCGACAACUUCCGAGACAGGCUAGCUGCACAGAUAAUAGUCACCAUCGAUUCCUUUUGGAAGAACAGGCCAACCGAUAUGGAGGAGCUCGGAGACAUGAGGCGUCAGCUAGAUCUUACGAUGAAAGAGUUUGUCAAAGCAGACGUGAAGGCGAGAGUACAAGAAGUGGAGCUCUCAGAUGAAAAGCGCAGAACGAAAGAGCUGGAAUCACGUUUGGAGACAGUUGAAGGCAGGUUUGCUGAAAAAGAGAAGAGUUUGAACGACAAGUAUCAUGAGCUUGUGAAGGGCUACUACAACAACGUAGAAAACUUGGUUGAAGGACGCGUGUACGACGAGAAAGCUAAGCUUGCUGAGCGACUUCGCAAAGCGGAAGCAAAGGCCUUGCUUUACGAUCGAGUCCUUGACGAGAAAGAGGUACAGCAAGCCAGGGCUCUGCAGGGUGACCAAGACAAGGCGCUGCUAAGGCGGUCAAAAUUAGAAUUAGAGAAGAAGUACAAGGACCGCGACGAGGAAGCCAAAUCUGUCAAGGAAGGUUACGACCAACUCAGCAACGACAACCAGGUUCUCCAGAGUGAGAAGGCUGUACUUCAGACCGACUACGAUGAGUUGAAGAGAGAGAACGAGAAGCUAUCAAGAGAACACACACCGAGGCUCAUGCCGCAUCACGAGAACCAGCCGACAGUUGCAGACCCGCACAUCCCCGAUACAGCAGCGGUGUUCGCUCGUCAAGUCGCCGAACUCCAACACCUAGACGGGCUUGCAACCAUCUGGCAGAACACUCUAGACACUGCGACUGCCGAUGUGAACGACUCAAAAGAUAAGAAGAAGGCACUCGAGGGCAAGGUGCAAAACGCUAAGCAGGCAUUGAAAGAGUUGAAACCUGCGCCAAAGUCGAAGCCUUCUCGCGCGUCAAGCACCAAGGCCGGAUCUGAGGACAUUCGCGCAGCAAAACCAGUGGCUGUCGGUGGCGCAUGGACUGGUCGAGCUGUUCUUCAGUCGUCUGUCAACCCACCUGUCACACUGCGCAAGGUCCCUCGCGUCGCAGAAGCCUUUCCUGCACUGAGCUCCCCAGCAGUACCCAAAACUACUCCGUCAACCACUUGGAAGAGUCUUCGUCUCGUCGACACACCGAAGGAAGAGAUUAGAGGCGCUGUGAAGAAGUCUGGCUAA